AUGGCAUACGCAUUCCUCGUCUUGUCACAACCAGAACAAUAUACCAGUUUGGAGCUACAUGGGUUCUCAGACGCUAGCGAAAUUGGAUACGGAGCAUGCAUUUAUUUACGCUCCACUUCAAUUAACGGUGCUUAUCGCACACAUCUAUUUUGCUCCAAGUCCAGAGUGGUGCCGUUGAAGUCUGUCGCUUCCGCGCCUCGAGUUAUGUGGUGCAUUGCUACCGGCUCGUCUCAACAAGAUCUCCAAAUGUCUCACCUGUCCAAUAGCAUCCAUUCAUCUAUGGACGGAUUCUACAAUUGUACUAUCAUGGUUGCAAUCGUGCAGUCGAUCUUGGUCAACCUUCGUGGCAAAUCGCACUGGUGA